UUUUCAUGUUAUACGGCGACAAUACUCACAACGUUAGUAAUAUUGUUGAAAUACUAAUUUAUGAAUAAACAGAAGAUAAUAUUUUUGCCCGGUUUUAGUGAGACAAAAGCAAAAUUACACGAAAAUCUGAUGUACCACUUGAGAAAAAUAUUAGAAAUGCAUGCGGAAGUUACAGUAGAAGAAAAUGAAAUCAGCAUAGCUUAUGAAUUAAGGGCGUGAAUACACGUUCAAUUUUAGAAAGUGUCAGUAGAACGAAAUUAUUUAAGAAAAAAUAUCAAACCAAGUACUCAUAUUAUUUCAAAGAAGAUCUCAGCUAAGAUGAUUCGCCAGAACAACGGAAGCUACUGAUCCCUUAAUUAAAAUAAAGAGAGAGCUAUUGAAUGAUAGCUUACAUUAGGACGAUAAACUAAUUGUCAAGGAUAUCACGGGACAAAAAAGAACGUGUCUACUAAAAACCUUACCAAGGUUACACACUCCCCGCCCUCAGAAAACGUAUCAAAACCAAUAUUAAGACUAUAUGAUAAUGUGGUUUCUACGUCUAUCUUGCGUACUACUCAUAACAGGCAUCGUAGAGUCGUACAAAAUAUUAUUAAUAAGUCCAAUAUCAGGAAAAAGUCUAGUUUUACUAACGGAUAGUAUCGCUAAAUAUUUAGCAGACGCUGGACAUGAGUGCCUAUAUUGGAUUGGUCAUUCUCAACUGCUUGUAAUUGAUGUGUUGUGGUGUCACCCGCUAUUGGAAAUAUCUGCCAGCUAUGCCGUUGCUCAAGCGGCAGGCGAUAAGCUGUCAAUACAAUCACAAAUCGACCGUAAAGCCCAGAAUCAAGACAUAAAGAUGUUCUUCAGCAUUUUCUUGGAGAACGCAAGGACGACUAUUUCAAAUGAAGCAGUUCAAGAUCUAUUGAAGGAUAAAAGCCAACAUUUCGAUGUCAUUGUGGCUCAGUGGUUGUUUAUUGAUGUCUAUGCUGGAUUCGCAGCUGUAUAUGAUUGCCCAUUAAUAUGGUUUUUGACUGUAGAACCACAUUGGAUGGUUCUAAGAUUGAUAGACGAGGCAACCAACCCAGCAUAUUCCACUGAUGUGUUAGCCAAAUAUCUCUCUACUCCAUUAUCAUUUGUACAAAGGCUUGGAAGCUUGUACGACAGAAUAUACACAUAUUACUUGUACCAUUCCUUUGUUUACAACACGGAAGAAGAGAUAUACAAUAAAUAUAUGGUUCCACACGUUAACUCUCAGAAGUAUACGCCGCUGGAUGUUCUGAGAUACAACGCAUCCUUGAUGCUGGGUAACUCUCACGUAUCACUUGGAGAAGCAUCAAGCUUACCACAAAGUUAUAAACCAAUUGGAGGGUAUCACAUUGAAAGAGACGUAAAACCUUUACCAGAUAAUAUUAAGAAAAUUAUGGAUGACGCAAAACAUGGAGUCAUAUAUUUCAGCAUGGGUUCAAACCUGAAAAGUCGAGAUUUUCCUGAAGAACUUAAGAAGAAAUUGUUGAAAUUCCUUGGAGGAUUGAAUCAAACAGUUAUUUGGAAAUUCGAAGAAGAGUUACCGAAUCGUCCAAGUAACGUUCAUAUUGUAUCAUGGGCACCUCAGCAAAGCAUUUUAGCUCAUCCAAACUGCGUUCUGUUCAUUUCACAUGGAGGUCUCUUAUCAACAACAGAGGCAAUUCAUUUUGGUGUACCGUUGGUUGGUAUUCCAGUAUUUGCUGAUCAAUUUAUAAAUGUUGAAAGAGCUGUCAUUAAAGGUUUUGCUAAGAAAGUUCAACUAACAUCCAAUCUGGCAGAAGAUCUGAAGGAACAGGUCGAAAACAUUUUGAGUGAUCCCAUAUAUACUACUAAAGUGAAGGAGUUAUCUUUCAUCUACCACGACCGUCCAGUAACCCCUGGGGCUGAGCUGGUGCACUGGGUGGAACACGUGGUGAAGACACGAGGAGCUCCACAUCUACGAUCACCAACUCUGCACUUACCGUUAUACCAAAAGUUAUACUUAGACCUUCUAGCUUCAUUACUACUUUUAACUCUUUCAGCAGUAUUGUUAAUAAGAAAAAUGUAUUCGAUGCUUUUUUUCCCGCCAUGUAUUGAUAACAAGAAAUUAAAUUAGCGUCUGGAA